AUGGGGCCGGUAUAUUACAGCGGUUCAAAUGAUACCAGAUCUAAAGCGGAAAGUUUGAAAGAGGAGAGCCUGCAGAUUGUCGUCUCUAUUUUGUCGGCGACGGCUGUUCUACAGUUUCGAUUGAGAAGAGGCGGAGAAGGUUGCGAUUUGUUUAUGGUUUUGUUGCCGGCACGUGGAGGUUGCAGUAUGAGAGGCGACAUAGAUAGAAGAGGAGUGAGAUGCAAUUCAUCCGGCGGCGGUUUGAGUUCCGGUUGGGGUAGCUGGGACGUGAGAAGGCUGCAUUUUUGCGGCAGUGAUUACUCAGGGCGGCCGGUGGUUGCAAUAGGGAAGGAAUAUAACGAGCAUACUAAUAAUAAUUAA